AUGGGUGGUAGCAAUAUUGUGCCACUGGGGCUGAAGCCCUUUUUAGCCAUUUUCGUUUGGGCAAAACGGGCGAACAGCAGCGUUGUACCUAUCAGUGCGUCUGAUCAGACCUAUGUGCCAUCAGACCCGUAUGGAGACGGUGGAAGCGAGGAUUUGGACAUAGAUUUGAUGAUAUUCAGUCUGGCAUUCAUGUUUGUGUGCUAUUUAGUGUUAACGUUGGUUUAUUUUGGGGUAAGAUUUGUUUUGAGACGUUAUUUCAGUGCAGGUAUCACUCUGGGAAGUGAAAGCGAAGCUGAUGUUACGGGUACAAUGGGGAACACAAGAUGGACAAGCUCGCUGGACGACGCUGAAAUGGUAAAAGAUAAGCUGGCUAGACUUUCUUCAGAGGAGCAGUUUUAUUACAAACAAGGCGAGGAGUACAUUCGCCAAAAUCCGCCACUUGUUCUUCCAGAACAGUAUUCGGGCGCAGGGGUUGGUGCUGGGGCUUCCAAUUUUUCAGAUCCCAUAAUAAAUGAGCAGACUUUGCAGUUUAUUAAUGAAGAAGGUGCUUAUGCGUGGGAGUUCCAACCGGAUCCAAAGCUCCCGAAUGAUAGUGUUUUGGUAGAAAACAAGUCAGAGCUGACUUUCCUUAACUUUAACUAUGAUGUUUCAGUGACGACCAAUCUGCCAAUUCCACGCUUGAAUCGGGUAUAUUACUGCGAGUUUAAGAUUUUUGAGCUAAACACUGCUGGCAGUACGGACAACCACCUUUCAAGAAAUGAAAUGAUAUCAUUUGGGCUGUCAACAUCUCCAUACCCAUAUUUCAGACUUCCUGGAAGACAUCACCAUUCCUUGGCAUAUGACUCCAACGGAGCACGUAGGUUCAACGAUUCCUUCGAACUGUCCUCCGAACUUUCUUCAAUAUUCCCGCGUUGCGAGAAAGGUGAUGUUAUCGGAAUAGGCUACCGUACGAAUAGCGGUACGGUAUUCUUUACACGGAAUGGUAAGAAAUUGAGCGAAAAAUCUAUCGGUGGUCAUAUUAGAGGAUGGAAGUUCCAAUACCUGUACCCAAUUGUGGGAACCAACGUACCAUGUAAAAUACACGCCAAUUUCGGUACUUAUGGCUUUGUCUUUAUCGAGGCAAACGUCAAAAAGUGGGGUUAUGCCAAAUCCGAAGGUGUGAAAUUGCCACCGCCAUCUUACGACAAUUACGAUCAUGAUGUAUUACUGGAAAGCAGCUACGAAGAUGACGUUACAGAUGACGAGAGCAUAUCAACUACUGAUGGUGAUAUUAUAGACCAGGACGGUCAUUUACUACCUCCCCCGCCGGGCUUUGAAUUUAGUGUUUCUCCGCAACCUUCUAAUGUUUGUCAGUACACACUCAACUCCCUUCCUGCUGAACCUCCGAUAUACAAUUCUGACGAGCAAGAAGAAGUCGCAGAAGAAGACACUUCUCGAGAGCUGGAAGCUCUUGCUAGUGCAGAUGAAGAACCAAUUGAUUCUUACGGUAAAAAUGAUCUGGGAAAAAACACUAUGGCCAACCAAUUUUUAUAG